AUCGGCGCGUAGGUAUAUUAAUUAGAUCAGAUCUCCUUCUAAUUUUACCAUUUUAGCCUUCGUCUUCCACUUCUUUCCAGUUUCCUCCAAAGCUCUCACAUCAAUAAUUAGUACUAAGUACUAACUCUUAUUUAUUUAUUUGUUUCGAAUAUCCAAUAAUUUUUGAAUACACAUAGACGUGUUGUGAACGUGUCGAAUCUUGCCUGCCUUCAUCACGCCUUCCAACCCAACCAAACUCUUUCCCUCUCAACCAUUAUUAUUUCCUUUCAUUUCAUUUAAUACAAAACAAUUUCAUUUUUCUUUUUGCCUUUUAAUCUGAUUCUCUCUCUUUUAUUAAAUGUUGUUAUGAAGUUAAAAGUGUGAUUGUGUUUCCUUCCUUUUCUCUCCCUUUUUUGUUUUAUCACUUCCAUUUUCAUGGAAUUCCUUUCUUCAUGGUCUAUUUUCCUCUCUUUCUUAGUAUCUAUCUAUGUAUAUAUAUAGUAAUGUUGUUUAUUUUGGAUAUGAAUGAAUUUUUUAUUUCUUGUAUGCUAAUUGUUAAGCUGUGAUUUGCUGUAAUUUGAAAUUAAAAGCAGAGCUUAGAGCUUAAUUUUGAUGGGGAAGCACGACGAUGAGCGCUCUGUUUUUCCUUUAACCAGUCUCCAAAUCGGAGACUUGCAGUCUUAUCUAUCGGAUCUUAGCCUUUUCUUGGCCCCUGAAAGUAAAAAAUUCUACAUUUUGGUGGACAACCGGCCAUGGCUUAGGGACUUAGGUUCACGUCCUGCUCACUUGUGGCAAUUGAUGGUUACCAAGUCCAGGUUAUCUCCUUUUGCUAACACCAAAGGUCGUAGGGCAAGAAAGGAUGGAAAAGAAGCUUCUUCCAAAUCAAAUGCUAAAGAUGCCAAGAAGUUGGAGAGAUGGUUCUCUUUGGUAGAUGCUGCAAUGCUGUCGAAAAAGAGAAUUUUGCUACCCGUUAAGACAUUGAAAACCUCUUCACUUCUUAGCAAUGAGCUGCAUAGGACAUUGUAUGGCUUCAUUGUAUUUGAAGUUUCAUGGUCCAAUGUUCGAGGUCUUAACUACUUGAAUGAACUUCAGACUGAUACCUCUCUAGCCAUAGAGGCUAAAUUCAUGCGAAGAUGGGAAUUUGACAGCAUUGAUCAAACAGCAAAGUGUCUAUCUUCAUGGUUCUCUGGAUCAUUGUUGGAGCAGCGGAAUCUGAAGGAGUACCUGAAUUCGACAAUUGGGGAGGUCUUCUAUGAUGCUGAAAAAGAUUUUCCCAGGUCAAUCCCUUUUGACGAUGAUGAAAAUAUCUGUGGUGAUAGUUUCAGCAUUGAGGAAAAUUUCCCUCAUGAUCAUUGUCGCAAUUUCAGGGUUUAUCCUGGAACAGUGGAAUGUGAUACUUCUGAACCACACACCCCUCCUCCUACUGGGCCUUAUAAGAGAAGGAAAGUAACUAGGGCAAAUGGGACCGGAGUUGAAGUUGAUGUCUAUUGUGAGGAAACCCGAGGGCAAGCUGAAAGCUCAUUAGGGAACUCUAAUGAAAAUGCUGUGGAAGCUACAGAGUAUAGGGAUGUUCUUAUUUUGUUUAGAUUUGAUGAUAGAGAUCUCCCAUUUAAAUUACAGCAAAUAAUAAUGCCUGAUCUGAGGUUACUUCGUUUAUUGGAGGCUGGUCUUCCGUCUUGGGUGAUAUUCCUUCAAUCAUAUCCUGGCUUCUGCCAUAUCUAUCGCCCAUGGAUGUGCCCUCUGGCCAGAGCUCUAUAUGUUUUGAUUUCAAUCAUUACGGUUCUAAUAGGAUUUUAUGAUUUAUACAAAAAUGUCCCUAUUCUUAAGGCAACUGCUUCUCGUUUAUGUGGGCCACUUUUUGAUUGGAUAGAAACCUGGGAGAUGGUGUCAAGGAUCAAGUACUUGGGAACUAUGCUAUUUCUACAUAACUUUCAGAAGGCUGUUGAGUGGUUUUUGACAGCAACACGUGCUACUCGGUCAUUUUUCUCUGUUCUUUAUUUGCCAUUAGCAGAACCAUUUAUGGAAUGUUGGGGCUUCCUUUUGCCAAUUUGGAAUAUGUUCAGUGAACUAGUGGAGAGCUUAUUUUCAGUCAUUUGGACUGUGUUUGGUUCUUUCUGCAGUCUAAUGGGGGAUCUCAUAGAGGUUCUACUAAUGCCUAUAUGGUUCAUUGGCUUGGUUCUCUGGAACAUUGUGACUUCCAUCUUGUAUCCUAUAUUUUGGAUUCUUUGGGAAAUACUAUUUGCCCCAAUACGCCUGGUCCUUGCAUUAUCCAGUUUUGUGGCUUUUGUUUAUGGCUUCAUGUCUGAUUUGGUUGGAGAUAUAUGGAGGUUAUCAAGUAGCAUAAUUCAACUUGCUUCAGCUUCUGAAGCUACAGUGAGCGGCACGUAUGAGGUAUCUGUAUGGCGUUCACUUUGGAAUGACCUUUUUUCCCAGGUUUUUCGUGCUGUUAGAAGUAUAUUAAAUGGAUUUGUUGCCUUCUUCACGGCCUGCAACAGACAUCGCCUAAGCAUUUAUAAUCACGUACAGGAUGUCAUUCAAAGACGCUUUGGUGGAGUCCCAAGAUCACAGACCUCAGAUCCUAGAAGUAAAUCAACCUGUGGAAAUCAAUAUCAAUCAGAAGUAAGGAGAAGAGUCCAUAGUAAAAAUUGUAGUCCUGCAACAUUGUCAUUUUGAGUCCAAAAUAUUCAAGAAAGUAUCCUUGUCCUGGCCGGUUCCGAUCCAAUAUCAUGCAAAAGAUAUUUUAACAGGCAGUUCAGAAUCGAAACCGAACAUGAGCAGUCCAAUGGUAUGGUUAGAGAUAGUUUAAUUCUUUGAUUCCUUUUGUCUCGGAAGCUACGUAUUAAUUCUCUAUGUUCAUUAACUGCAAGCCUCUUAUUACAGUUUAAGCUUCUGGAGAAUGUAAAUUAUGUAUAGUUUCUCUGUAUAUUUAUCAGAAAAAGUUGACUUUAACCAUGUCUUUUGGGUUAAUAAA